AUGGCAGCUGCUCCAUCUGAUUUGGGAAUAUCGGAUGAUGCCGGAAACAACCUGAAAGAUAAGGAUCACAAACAAGUGAUACCCGCUCAGUCUUUGGCCGAAGUGCCUCAGGAAAUGAUGGAAGACGCUAAAAACCAGCACCACGAGCUUACACACGACCAACAGGCCCAGCCACAUUCUGCUGUUGGCAGUCAGCUAUCGUCAUACCUCCAAUACUACCAUAACUUUGGCGGAAAUCCUCCUUACUAUCCCAGUGCGAGUCCUACGAGCAAUGUGGGGGCAGUUACGAGCAACCAGAACAGCCAGAACGGCCAAAACGGCACGAUAUCAGCCGUUGCUGCACCCUCGUCCCAGCCGCAGAACGGAGCCACGCAGAACGCAAAUGGCUUCUACACCUAUCGCAACACCAGUUACCCCUACCCAAGCACGGUAGGCGAAACUCCCGCUCAGUACAACUACAAUUUCAAAGCAGGCAGGCCCAAGACAAAGACCAAAGAGUUGCAGGUGAGAAAAUUCGCUGUUACGAAACCCACCAAAGAUAAGGAUGCAAAAAAGCACGACUGCACAUUUCAUGGAUGCAAAUGGUCUUUUACAAGACAGUCAGACAUGAGGCGGCACCUCAAAUCACACUCCGAGCCCAUGUUCCGGUGCCCAUACUGGAAUUACGAUCCUACUUGUCACCGGAAUGGCGGUGCAUUCAAUCGGCUCGACGUGUUGAAACGUCACCUCCGAUUGGUGCAUUAUGUCAAGGACAAGCAGCAGCUAGUAGCUGGCGACUCAAAGGAGGAUCCAGGGUGGUGCAGAUCUUGUCAACGAAUGUUUCCCAAUUCAAGGAUCUUCAUUGAUCACUGCGUAGCAUGUUCACAGCUGCUUGCCCCAACCGAUUGGAAAUCAGCCAACAGUGAAGAAAAGCCAUAUUUGGGUCUAGUUGGCACCCUGGGAGAUUCAGAGUCUCCAGCACCACCCCCGGAAGAGUUUCAAGCAUUGACCCAGGCAAAUGACGCGAAUCAACUAUACGAAAUGUCCAGAAUAGGCGCCGAAGAAAAAGCAGAACCUUAG